AUGUCCAGAUAUGUUCCUCUACAAGCUGGAGCAUCUACUUUUGUCAGACUACCCAGAGACAUUCAACUCAAACGCGCAGUCUUGAACAUUGAGAACCACGACGAGUACUGCUUCCUCUGGUGUGUUGUGGCAGCGACACACGAAGCUCACACUGGACAUCGAGAGAGGACAACAUCGUACCCUCAUUACAGCAGCGUACUUCAGUAUGAAGAAACAUCUAUCAAUAACCACAAUGAUGACUGUUUCAAAUUAAAUAAAGUCCGUAUGAAAUUUCCCACUAAUGAAAACAAAAUAUUAAAAUUUAAAAACUAUCGUAAUAAAGAUUUGGUACCGUUUGUUGUCUACGCAGACUUAGAGUGUACACUAGAGCCUCAGGGUGAUGAUGAUAUUCAAAAUCACGUUCCACACAGCAUUGCAUUUUAUCGUCACUGUAAUUAUGACAAUAAUUUAUCGAAAUUUGAAAUUAAUUGUUCAUCUGAUUGCGUAAAGUGGUUUGUCAAUAAACUUGAAAAUUUCGCAUUUAAAGUUGAGCAGUAUUUAAAAAAUCCUGUACCCAUGAAACCACUUGAAAAACAGCAACAAAAGAGUCAUGAUCGGUCAACUGUUUGUCAUAUUUGCGAAAAAACAAUAGCCUCUGAUAAAGAGAAGUGCUAUGAUCGUUGCCAUUUUACGGGUAACUAUCGCAGACCUGCACACAUCUCAUGCAAUUCAAAUUACCCAAAAUCUCAUGUAAUACCGAUAGUUUUUCACAAUUUAUCUGGGUAUGAUUCUCAUUUUUUAAUUAAAUCAUUAGCAACUGUUUUUGAAGGUAAAGUCACAUUAUUGCCAAUCAAUAAAGAGCGAUAUAUCUCAUUUACAAAAUCUAUUGAUGAUAUAUCUGUGUCUUUACGUUUUAUAGAUUCAUUUAGAUUCAUGGCAUCAAGUUUAGAAAAAUUAGCAUCCUAUCUUGAUGAUGACAAGAAACAAAUCACAAAACUUCAUUAUCCAGAUCCGGAAAAAUUCCAGUUAGUUACUCGCAAGGGUGUAUUCCCGUAUGAAUACAUUACAAACAUUAAUAAGCUUAAUGACAAACAGUUGUCCGAUCAAAAUUCAUUUUUUUCUAAAUUUUCCAAUACUGGUAUAACUGACGAUAAUUAUUCAUUUGCUCAACUUGUCUGGAAUAAAUUUAACAUCAGUACAUUAGGCGAGUACUCUGAUCUAUAUCUCAAGACUGAUGUACUACUCUUGGCUGAUGUAUUUGAAAAUUUCAGACAAAAUUGUUUAAAUAAUUAUAACUUAGACCCGCUGCACUAUUACACAGCGCCCGGAUUAGCUUUUGAUGCAAUGCUGAAGUACACUAAUGUGGAACUGGAACUGUUGACUGACCCCGAAAUGGUACUUUUCAUUGAGAAAGGUAUACGAGUUGGAGUGUCUCAGUGUACUAAUAGGUAUGCGAAGGCCAACAAUCGGUACAUGGGUGAUGAAUUUGACGUUAAAAAACCCGAGUCAUACUUGAUGUAUUUUGACGUCAAUAAUUUGUAUGGCGCGGCAAUGAGUAUGCCACUACCUAAAGGCUCAUUUGAGUGGGUAGAUGAACAUGAUUUAAAUAAUGUAAAUAACUUUGUAAAUGCCAAUGACAAUGUAGCAUAUAUUUUAGAAGUAGACUUGCACUAUCCUCAGGAGCUACAUGAGCUACACAAAGAUUUACCAUUGUGUCCUGAGCACUUUUUACCACCGGGUAGCAAGUCUACUAAAUUAUGUACAACACUGUAUGAUAAAAAUAAAUAUAUAAUUCAUUGUGAAAAUUUGAAACAAUGUUUAGAUUUAGGAAUGCAGUUGAAAAAAAUUCAUCGCGUACUCAAAUUUGAGCAAUCCCCAUGGCUAAAGACAUACAUCGACAAGAAUACAGACUGUAGGAAGGCUGCCAAAAAUGAGUUUGAGAAGAAUUUUUUCAAACUCAUGAAUAACGCAGUCUUCGGUAAGACUAUGGAAAAUGUUAGGAAACACAAAGAUGUUCAAUUAGUUACUAGAUGGUCUGGUCGAUACGGUGCAUCAAACAAAAAGGUCCCAGGUCUGAUGAAAGAUGAGAAUAAUGGGAAAAUUAUGACUCAUUUCACCGGACUUAGGGCCAAACUAUAUGCAUACAAUAUUAUGAAUGAUAGCAAUACUAAAAAACGAGCAAAGGGGAUCAAAGGUCCGACGUUGCGAACUAUCACUACUUAA